AUGCGAUUUCUCCAUUCGCUGCUCUCCUUCGCCUUGCUUGCGACAGGCGUUGUGGCCGCGAAGAAGUCCUCCGCCGAGCGAUUCAACGAAUUCCAUGCCAAACAGAUCUCGACGCCUCUCAAGCUUAAGGACUCCACGUACAAGUCCUUGACAUCCACACCUCGCGACUACAGUGUCGCCGUCCUCCUCACCGCUGUCGAUGCGCGAUUCUCUUGUCAGCUAUGCCGCGAGUUUCAACCCGAAUGGGAGCUGCUAGGCAAGAGUUGGAACAAAGGCGACAAGGCAGCUGAAUCACGACUGCUGUUUGGCACACUGGAUUUCGUUGACGGCAGAGAUACCUUCAUGUCGCUUGGUCUCUCAACAGCUCCUGUGUUGCUUCUAUUCCAUCCUACGGUCGGUCCCCAUGCAUCAGUUAAGAAGGAGCCCGAUCGCUAUGACUUCAACACCGGACCUGCAUCCGCCGAACGAGUUCAAUCAUGGCUCGCUCGUUCUCUUCCUGACCGACCUCACCCUAGCGUCAAGAGACCUAUUAACUACAUGGGCUGGAUAGUCUCCAUCACUGCUGUACUCGGAGUGCUCACCGCAGCCAUGGUUGCUUGGCCCUACCUCUCUCCUGUUUUCCAAAGCCGUAACCUCUGGGCUGCUAUCUCCCUUAUGGUUAUCCUACUGUUCAUCAGUGGUCACAUGUUUAACCACAUCCGCAAGGUUCCUUAUGUUACUGGUGACGGCCGUGGUGGGAUCAACUAUAUUGUGCCAGGCUUCCAGCAGCAACUCGGCUUGGAGACUCAGAUUGUAGCGGCACUUUAUGGCGUCCUGUCAUUCUGCGUCAUCACUCUCGCCAUUAAGGUUCCGCGAAUUGCUGAUGCCAAGACUCAACAAGUCGCUGUUAUCGGGUUUGGAGGUCUUCUGUUCCUCGUAUACAGCUUUUUGUUGAGCGUGUUUCGUGUCAAGAACGGCGGGUAUCCAUUUUCUCUGCCACCUUUCAUGUAG